AUGGCUUUUGGGCCUCUGGAAUGGUAUUGUAAGCCAGUGAAGAAUGGGGUCUGGGCAAAAGCAGUGGAAAAUGCAUUUGGGGCUUAUACCCCGUGUGUAACUGACACGCUUGUGAUUUGUGUUUCUCAUUUAGUUCUUCUGGGUUUGUGCUUAUAUCGAAUAUGGCGGAUAAAGAAAGACUAUAAAGUCAAGAGGUUCUGUUUGAGGUCAAAUUACUACAAUUAUGUGCUGGCUUUUUUGGCUGCUUAUUGUACUGCAGAACCUUUGUUCAGAUUGGUCAUGGGUAUUUCAGCUUUGAAUCUAGAUGGACAGACUGGUCUUGCUCCAUAUGAGAUAGUUGCCCUGAUUGAUCAGGCUCUUACUUGGUGCUCUAUGCUGGUUAUGAUUGGAGUAGAAACAAAGGUCUACAUCCAUAACUUUCGGUGGUUUGUUAGGUUUGGAGUCUUAUUUGUGUUGGUAGGGGAUGCUGUGAUGCUCAAUCUCGCACUUGCAGCACAGGAUUUUUACAAUCGCUUCAGCUUUUGUGGAGACGAAAUGGCCUUAAGCGGAUUGUGCGAUAGGGGGCGAGUACAGCGACAAAAUCGCAAGAGAGUUGUGAUCGCUUGUCGAUCUAUCGGCCUUGUGAAGCUGUUGACGUCGAGUGCAAGGGCAACGCCAGUGGCUGUGGUUGUUGACAGAAUACAUCCAGCCGUUGAAUUGAAGAAGUGGGGAAGUGAUAAGGCCGGUCAACAAAAUUAUUCCAUUAGAAGUGUUAUCUCCGGUUGCCAGGCCCCAGCUGAGGCUUUAUUUGGAGUACUCCUGCUUGCGCAUGUUCCCAGUUUGAAUCCAUAUCCUGGUUACUCUCCAUUGUUGACCGAAUCUACUGACUGUACUGAAUAUGAAGAACUUUCUGGAGGAGAGCAAAUUUGUCCUGAGAGGCAAUUCAGCAUAUUUGCUCAAAUUUCUUUUGCUUGGAUGAAUCCCCUAAUGCAACUAGGCUACAAACGACCCCUCACGGAUAAGGAUGUCUGGAAACUGGAUACGUGGGAUCGGACUGAAACAUUGAACAGCAAGUUCCAAAGAUGUUGGGCCGAGGAGUCUCGUAAGCCUAAACCGUGGCUUUUAAGAGCAUUAAAUAGUAGUCUUGGAGGAAGAUUUUGGUGGGGAGGCUUCUGGAAGGUAGUGAACAUAUUUAAGCAGUGUUCCAUUUUGACCUAGUUAGAACUAGUCAUGUGAUCUUAUGGGAAAUUGCUGGGUGACAGAAGUUUUACAAUUAGAACCAAUUGUAAUGAACUCGCGGGAGUUGUUUAGUGUUGGCUCUAUGGUAUAGUUCCAUGGGUCACCUCAGUAUGUUUUUACCUGGCAGACUUUC